UAUGUGUUCUGAGGUUUUAGCGGAUGUGUCAGACUUUUUGCCGUGGUUCUCUUUGGUUAAAGUAUAUUUUGGACCGAUAUGGCGGCUCUUGGACUGUUGUCAAGAAUUGUGAGAGUUAGCACAACAAGAAUAUGUCGGAACCACCGAAGUGUCUCGAGACGCGGAAUAGCUUCAUGCAUCGACCCUGCUCACGGACUCACGGAUGAACAGAAGGAGUUUCAAAAAGUCGCCUUUGACUUUGCUGCCAAUGAAAUGGCUCCGUACAUGAGCGAGUGGGAUCAAAAGGAGUUUUUUCCGGUUGAGACGAUGCGUAAGGCGGCCCAGUUGGGGUUCGGUGGGAUCUACGUUCAGCCCGACGUUGGAGGAUCGGGUCUUUCCCGCAUGGACACGUCAAUCAUAUUUGAGGCCUUGUCCACAGGAUGUGUCAGCACCACAGCUUACAUCAGUAUACACAAUAUGUGUGCCUGGAUGAUCGACACGUUUGGCAACAAUGAGCAGAGACAGAAGUUUUGUCCCGAUCUUUGCUCAAUGGAAAAGUUGGCUUCCUAUUGUCUCACUGAACCAGGCAGCGGCAGUGAUGCGGCAUCACUGCUGACCACGGCGCAGCGAAAAGGAGAUCGUUACGUCUUAAACGGCUCAAAGGCUUUCAUCAGUGGCGGUGGUGAAGCGGACGUCUACGUGGUGAUGUGCCGAACAGGGGGCAAAGGAGCCAAAGGCGUGUCUUGUGUGUUGGUGGAGAAGGGAAGUCCCGGGCUCAGCUUUGGAAAAAAAGAAAGGAAGGUGGGUUGGAACUCCCAGCCGACCAGGGCAUUGAUUUUUGAGGACUGUGAGGUUCCAGUGGCUAAUCUCCUCGGUGAAGAUGGUCAAGGCUUCAACAUCGCCAUGAAAGGAUUAAACGGAGGACGAAUUAAUAUCGCUUCAUGUUCUCUCGGGGCGGCGCACGCUUGUGUGCAGUUAGCGAGGGAUCACCUGUUGGUACGGAAGCAGUUCGGCGAGCCGCUCGCCAACAACCAGUUUUUACAGUUCAAAUUGGCAGAAAUGGCAACCAAGCUGGUGGCAUCUCGCCUUUUGGUGCGCCAAGCCGCCAAGGCGCUCCAGGAGAACCAGCCUGACGCCGUUGCACUCUGCUCCAUGGCCAAGCUCUUCGCCACAGACGAGUGUUUUAAUAUCUGUAAUCAGGCGCUGCAGAUGCACGGCGGCUACGGUUACCUCAAAGACUAUGCGGUACAGCAGUUUGUCCGUGACAUCAGAGUACAUCAGAUCCUAGAAGGAACAAAUGAGGUGAUGAGGAUGAUCAUAUCCCGAAGUCUGCUUACAGAAUCGUGACAAAUGUUUCCCCGACCUCCAGAUGACUUCAGUGGUGACGACGUUGUGAAAAACGCGACCUUGGGUUCGUUACUGAAAAGCCCUCAGGAUCCAGUUUGGACUCAACCUGUCACCGGUUACUUUCUCUCUCUCUCUUUUUUUUUUUUUUUUUUUUUGGAUAAUAUCCCCCCCAGAUUGCCCCUAAUUACAGCCUUCUUAACCCCCCUGCCACA